UCCAGCCUUUUUAUCCAACGACAACAGAAAACAGCGAAGAGCAGCCUCUUCCUCGCAGCUAGUAUUCGUCCAUGGAUCACUCGGGGAUGGGCAACAUGGCCCCGGACAAGCGUUACACCCACAUGACCUUCUUCUGGGGCGAGACCUCGGACAUUCUCUUCCGGGGUUGGCCCGGCACCAGGGGUGGCAUGUACUCCCUGGCCCUCGUCGUCGUCUUCCUGUUCGCCGUCCUCGUCGAGUGGUUCAACUUCUGCCGCGUGGUCAGGCCUCGUUGGGGCCAUACUGCGGCCGGGCUCGCUCGGACGGCCAUGUACGCGGUCCGCGCCGGGCUCGCCUACUUGGUCAUGCUCGCCGUCAUGUCCUUCAACGUUGGUGUGUUGAUCGCCGCGAUACUGGGGCAUGCCUUGGGGUUCUCUCUCUUUGGCAGCUCGGGGUUCCAAACACGGAAGCUGUCGGCCGAGGGGACCAAGGGAGAUCUUCCCCCUAUGGCUUGUGCCUGUUGAUUUGCUAUUUAAGACAAAUGGCGAUCCAACAAGGUACGCUGUGUCACCGUCUUAUUUGAUGGCUGUCCAUUUUUUAAUGGUGGCCAUCGAGUGCUGCUAAAUACCAUAUGGUGCAAGCUGCGCACUAUAAAAGAUCCAUGCUUUUAAGUGUGCUGGUGAUUUACUGGUGCAAUAUAUGUAAAAAUCUUUGGUUUGGAAUGUGAUUGUAAUUCUGAUUAUGUAACUUUUAAAUUAUAUUGGUUGUAAAUUUUGUUUGAAAAUGAGGGUGCAGAUGUUUUCUGUCCAA